AUGGAACCUCCUGUAACGUCGUCUCAGACUGAGCCUAUCUUGUGCAAGAACAACUGCGGUUUCUACGGCAAUGCGGCCAAUGACAACUUAUGUUCGAAGUGCUUCAAGGAUCAAGCGAAAGCCCAAAGCACUCCCGAUGACUUUUUUGACAAGAACAUCAGCUUCAUGAACGCCUCCACAGCAGUCGAGACCCCAACUGAGACUUUGCCUAGUGCGGUGGACGCGAAAUCCGCCGAGGAUUCUACUCCGGUCGUCUCUGAGGCGACCGUCGUGCCCGAUAGGUGCCACAAGUGCGACCGUUUGGUCGGCGUGCUAGGUUUCAAGUGCCGCUGCGAGCACUACUUCUGCGCGCAUCAUCGUCAAGCUAACCUCCACGACUGCACAUUUGACUACAAGGGAAUGUUCCGUACCCUCCUGGAGACGAAGAACAAAAAGGUUGUUCGCGACAAGUUGGAGCGUAUCUAA